AUGAUCGUGAAUGGCGCGAUCGAGGAACUUUCACCGGACCGGUGGUAUUCAGGGUUUUACUCCCGGGUCUUCCUCGUGAAGAAGAAGUCCGGUGCCUGGAGGCAUAUUAUCGACCUCAGUACGUUCAACACGUACGUCAAUUCACCGCACUUCCAGAUGGAAACGCCACGACGCAUCAUUGCGUCAGUGCGUCCAGGGAUGUGGGCUACGUCCAUCGAUCUGAAGGAUGCUUACUUUCACAUUCCUGUCAGGAGGUCGGCCAGGAAGUCUCUCAGGUUCACUUUUGAGCAGAAGGUUUACCAGUUUCGCGCUAUGCCCUUCGGCCUCACUACGGGCCCCUUGGUUUUCACCAAGUUGUUGCAGGUAGUAGUGGGGCACCUCCCCAGUCUCGGGGUAGAUGCACCCAUCUACUUAGACGACUCCCUGUUGCUCCAAGUGGAUCCCGUUAUCCUGUCCCGGAGCACGAGGUCGGUUCUGGGCUUUCUGUGCCGCCUAGGGUUCAUCCCUUCCAGGGAGAAGUCGGAGGUUCUCCCCUCCCAGGAUUUUGUUUUCCUCGGAUAUCGGUUCAGAACCGAUCUUGGGUUUGUCCUUCCACCAGCGUCCAAGUUUAAGAAGGCCUCUCUGUUGGUCUCCGUUCUGGUCGGUGUGGAGCGGAUUCAGGUUCGAUGGUUCCUUCGGUUCCUCGGUUACCUGAAUUCACUGGCGGAUGUUGUUCCCUUGGGUCGGCUUCACAUCCGUCCGCUCCAGCUGUUCGUUCUGUCAGUUUGGUCUCCGGUGUCACGGCAGUGGGAUGUGUACAUUCCUCUGCCGGAGUCGGUGAAGGAAUCAGCUCGUUGGUGGACUCUCGAGAGUUUCUCUGGUUCGGUCAUCUCCUGCUAUGACCUUUUACAACGACGCGUCCAUGACCGGUUGGGGUGCAUACCUUUCCGGUCAGACGUCGACAGGGGUGUGGUCGGGGGAACAGCUUUCAGAACACAUCAAUGUUCUGGAAAUGCGUGCUGUUCUGCUGGCCCUUUGGGGCCUUCGACCCUCCCUGCAGGGCAAGGCCAUUUGUCUGGCGACAGACAACUCCACUGUGGUGGCUUAUCUGCAGCGCCAGGGAGGCACCCGUUCCCCGGCACGUGUGCUUUAUCAACCCAGGUCCUUUUGCUGUGUCAGGAGAUCAGUCUCGAUCUUACGGUGAGGCACCUUCCAGGUCGUCUGAAUCUUCUGGCCGACACUCUGUCUCGGUCUCGGAGCCCGGUUCUCACCGAAUGGACCCUCAAGCGUUCGGUGUUCCGGUCUCAACCGAGGUCCCGGCAGUUCUACUCGGGACCAGAACGGCUCCACCUUCACGGUUGGAUGCUAUCUCGGGAAGGAUCACUCAGAGGGGCUUUCUCGAGAAGUUGCAACUCGCAUCGCAGGAUCACUUAG